UAAAAGGAAUGUGAAUAUGUGAUAUUUGUUUUACUGUGUUCUAAAAUUUUGGGACUAGCUCGGGAGUGAAGAUUUGGAAGAAAAAACGGCACCUAAGAAUAAAGAUCAAUCCCGUACCGUACCGGAGUCGCGGCGGAGAGAAGAGAUGGAGUCGGCGGGGGAGUGGCUAGAGAAGGCGCUGGUGGAGUUGUGCUCCAAGAUUGAAACUGGUUUAGGUUUAGGUUUGGAUGAAGAGAUCAUCAAAGGCCUCGUUUCUUAUUGCGACCUUGCCCAGCCACAAGAUGCCAAAGAGUACCUUGACAAUAUAAUUGGUCAGGAAGCAGGGAAAACCGUGAUUGCAGAGUAUUUACGGCGAAGAGGUUAUUCAGAGUUCAGUGCCAACUCAGAUGUUCCAACUACCAAAUUACAUGCGUAUGUCAAACCGCCAUCUGUUGAGACAUCAGCUGGUGGAACUAAGAAAUCAGUUAGAGCAUCAAAAGGUUCAGGCCGCAGCCAUCAAGCAGAACCCAGCAAGAAUGUGAUUAGCAGCAAUCAGGAAAAUCAGACUCCAACUGGUGGAAGUGAAUCGAGAACGUCACAAAAGGGAAACCAAGUGAAUUCCAAAAAGAAGAAAGCUGGGAAAGUUGUUUCCCUUGCUGAGGCUGCCAAAGGGUCAAUUGUGUUCCAGCAGGGAAGGCCAUGCUCUUGUCAAGCACGUCGACACAGGCUGGUCAGCAAUUGCUUGUCCUGUGGCAAAAUAGUUUGUGAACAAGAAGGAGAAGGGCCUUGUCAUUUUUGUGGUGCACUUGUGUUGAGAGAGGGAAGCUCCUAUGCCGGUCUGGAAGAAGGUUUGCCUCCCUUGUCAGAUGCUGAGGCUGCUGCUGAAGCUUAUGCAAAAAGGCUUGUGGAAUAUGAUAGGAACUCUGCAGCGCGUACAACAGUUAUUGAUGACCAAAGUGACUACUAUGAGAUUGAUGGAAACAGUUGGUUGUCAAAGGAGGAAAAAGAACUAUUGAAGAAGAAGCAAGAGGAGAUGGAAGAAGCUGAACGAGCCAAACGGAAUAGAGUUGUAGUGACUUUUGAUCUUGUUGGCCGCAAGGUCCUUGUGAAUAAAGACGAAGUUUCAGAAUUACAGUCUGAAAAUAGAAUAUUACGUCCACGGGAUGAUAGGGAAGCCAACCGUAUCAAACCAAACCCAACUCUUAAGUUUCAACCGGUUUUUGUGGACCUGGGCUUUAGUAGGAAGUCUGCUAAAGAUAAGCAAUCACAUAAAGGUAUAAGCAAGGGCUUGUGCUUAGAGAUCACUGGAAGAGUGCAGCAUGAUAGUAAUGACCAUAAGUAUUUUGUGAUGGAAAACCAAUUGGCAACAGCUUCAAAUGAAAAUGUUUGGCAUGUAUCUUCGGGAAAUGGACUGCACAUGGAAGAUGAUGGUGAAUGUUUACAGAACUAUGGUAAAUAAAGUGCCUUGUCCAGCUUUUACUGAUUAUAGGUACACUUUCAUCUGUUUUCUUCCAUUUUGUUUUUUAUUUGCUCGUAUAAGCCAUGAAAUUAAUGGUCCCAAUCACCUUUUUUCAGAAAGAAGAAUUUUAGGCAACGUUAUUUUUAUUUGUACAAUGUUCAGAUAUUAUGUGUUACGGUGACUGUCUUAGUGUAUCUUCAUGUUUCCCCUUGACCGGCUA